AUGGAGCAACUGCCACCAGGAUCCUUGCUGGUUAUAGUUCAAGGAAGAAAGGAGAAUGAGAUACUGAAUGUGAGAACUCAGCUUCUGUCCAAAACUGAUAUUCAUCACUUCCAUCCACCUUCCCUAAGACGAAGCAAGUCAAAGGUUACACUGUGCUUUAGAGGGGUUAUAGAGCGCAAACUUAACAUGUGUUUACAAGCAGACUGGAGUAUUUGUGAACAACUCAUGAACACCAUACAGAGAACACAUUCAUCUCCUUCCCAGGAAUCCUGUCCGGGGGCCGAGCGGGCUGCGCCCUCCGCCGCGAGCGCCGGCUGCGCGGAGCGAGCUCCGGACGGCGCGCGGCCCCGGCAGCGGCUCCCGCUCGUCCCGCCCUCCGCGCCGCAGGGGCCGCCACCGCCGCCGAGCCUCUCGCGGCGACCGCGCCCCCCUCCCGCGCCGCCCGGCUCGGGACAGAGCGGCCGGAGCUCGGCGCAGAGGGCAGACGGACCGGGGUGGGGGUCCGCCGGCCCCGGCCUGAAGCCCCGGACAGAGGUGGUUGGGGAGGCGGCGGGAGGGUUCUUGCCGCUCGUCCCCUCGCACACUCGACUUUUCCGCGGCUCGGCACCUCCUGCUGGCUGA